AUGUCUGCAGCGCAGACUCAGAAUGACCGGGAGCAGUGCUGGGGUUGUCUAGAAUCGCUCGGCCUCAGCCAGAGGGAGCUGGUUCUAGCGGAGGCCCUGCAGAUGGAAUAUGAUGCUCUUGCCCGCCACCGACAAGACAAGGGCCCAGCAAAUACUCUACCCACUUCAACCAAGUCAUCACCCGCAAAGAGCGAGCCUUCCCUGCCUAGACAUGUUCCCAGUCCUCCUUGGAAUAAUUUGCAGCAGUGUGUCACCGGAUCUGAGCCCAUGCUCAACCACGUCCAACCCGGGGUGUCGAACUUAUCACAAUCCAGCAGUGAGUCUCACGGAUUUAGUAAGGAGCCUCGUUACAUUCUGGAUGAAUGGAAAAGUGACUUCGAAGGAACGUCGCAGUUGCUGUCAAAAGGGCUGCCGUCUCUAGAUGAGCCUCCGCCACCAGUACCGCCCAGAAAUCCCAUCCCACAGAGCGAUCCAUUCAUUGUCCAUCGAAGCUCAGCCCCACGAGAUGUCAACUUGUUCACUCCUGAGGUGGACCAGCCCAAGCUUUCCUUCGGAGACACUCUGAACUACGACAACCUCAAUGACUCCCUGAGCAAGCUAAAUGGGGAUUGGCUUUCACCUAAUAGAAGCCGGAGUGAAAAGGGGGACAAAUCAGGGAAGGCAGUAGCUCGCAGUAACACCCUUCCUCCUCAGAUUCCUCCCCGCACUUAUCUUCCAGCGCAAAAGAGUACUAGAAGCCAACGAAGAGUAUCAGUUGAUCCGGUAUCUUUGGGGUCCAGGCCUAAUGGCUUUGGUUACGAGCUCUUUCAGGUUUCUGAAGAGAGGGAUGAAGAAGUGGCGGCCUUCUGUCAUAUACUUGACUUACUACGAUUGGCAUACCCAUGCAAUGACUACUCCAAAAAUGCCGGCUUUGUUUGGAGUCCAUGUGUGGCACAGGAUGAACUGCAGCAGGGCCUGGGGGUCAGCAUAAAGGUCACGGUUUACAGUGACCACUUCAGAGAACCACUCACAUUCUCUUGUGAUGGAUCUUCAACCAUAGACCUGAUCAUUUACCAGACUCUCUGUUAUGCCCAUGAUGAUCUGGAUAUGAUUGAUGUGGAUGACUACCUGCUGAAAAUCUGUGGCCAGGCAGAGUUCCUCAAAAACACUCAGACUCUGGCGAGCUUUGAGUACAUCCAGCAGUGUCUGAAGUUUGACUGGGACAUUCAACUCAUUCUUACCAAACGGAGUUCUGUCAACAUGGAGCUGGGCCGAACGCCAGAGGAUGAUGAUACUCCAUCCACCAUGAACCAAAGUAUUCUACUGCAAGAGAGGCCAAUCAAGCAGACCGUGACCAGGGAGGCACUGACUCUUCUCCUGGAUACCUUUCACAAUGAGGCCGAGUCGUUCCUUUUAUCAGAGGUUGAGCUGCUGUUGCAUGUGGAGCGGUUAGUGCAGUCUGUGAAGGCUUUGUGUACUUCUCUAGCAGCUGUUGAAACACCUGACAUCACUGCUGCCCUAAACCAGCUGCCAGCCUGCCCCUGCAGACUACAGCCUAAAGUGCAAAAGGAUGUCAGUGUCUUGGCGAAGAGGGAAAACAGAGUGGCAAUUGUGGAGAAGUUGACUGCAGCCAUCUUGGAUCUUGUGGAGUUGUACUGCAGCACUUUCAAUGCUAAUUUCCACACCAUGCCACACAGCAGCAGAUCCACAGCCCCCAUACAGGAAGCUGGCAUGGUCACCAACGUGCUUUCCUUCAGCGUUUACGCGGCUCAUCGCAUCCCUAUCACAUGGGCUGCCAGCUAUGAAAAUUUCUUCCUGUCCUGUUCUCUUACCCAUGGUGGAGUGGAGCUUUGUGCCCCCCAGCACACCAGUAAACAGUCGGUCAGCAAAUAUCUCUUCCACCUGGUGGUGUGGGACCAGAGAGUUUGCUUCCCCAUCCAGAUCAAUCAAUUGCCAAGGGAGUCACAGUUGACUGUGACGCUAUAUGCCACCACUGUACCUCCCCCUGGAGGUGCGGAGGAGAAGAGCAAGCAGAAACGCAGCAUUGAGGCUUUGGGUUGGGUCACCAUGCCCUUAUUCAACUUCAGACAUGUUCUAACGUGCGGGAGGAAGCUGCUGGGUCUCUGGCCUUCAACCCCUGGCAGUGGAAACGCUCGUUCCAGCAUACCCAACUUCAGCCAGCCAGACAGUGUCAUCCUUCAGGUGGACUUUCCCACUUCUUCUUUCGAAGUGCGCUUCAGCACCCCCCCUCCUGCAGAAUUCAGCCCCCAGUACGAGUUCUCCCGCCUGGACCAGCUCAGCCAGAGGCAGCUACAUGAUGUCUUGCACAAGAAGUCCCUUUUCUGGUUGGCUCCAGAGGACCGGCGUCUGUUGUGGGAGAAGCGUUAUUUCUGCCACGUGGAAGCCAGUCGUCUGCCGCUGGUCCUGGCCAGCGCUCCCAGCUGGGAGUGGGCAUGUCUUCCUGACAUCUAUGCCCUGCUCCGUCAGUGGGGAUGCAUGGACCACCUGGACGCCCUAGGCCUGCUGAACGCCACGUUUCCAGAUCAGGAGUGCAGGCGGACAGCGGUCCAGUGGAUGGACUCAAUCUCUGAUCCAGAGCUUCUGGACUUCCUUCCUCAGUUAGUGCAGGCGCUGAAGUACGAGUGUUAUCUGGACAGUCACCUGGUGCGUUUUCUGCUGAGGAGGGCCAUCGGGGACAUCCGCAUUGCUCACUACCUCUUCUGGUUGCUGAAAGAUGCUCUUCAAGACUCUCAGUUUAGCGUGAGGUAUCAGUAUCUGCUGGCGGCUCUUCUCUGCUGCUCUGGUCGUGGUUUGAGAGAAGAGUUUGAUCGGCAAUGCUGGCUGGUCAAUAUUCUGGCUAAAAUAGCCCAGCGAGUUCGAGAUGCCUCGCCUUCAUCCAGACAGGCUAUUCUCCGGGAGGGGCUGGAGGAGGUCAAACAGUUCUUCUCUAUGAACAGCAGUUGUCGACUUCCCUUGAACCCAGGCCUGUUUGUCAAAGGCAUCAACAUACAGUCUUGCUCCUACUUCAACUCUAAUGCAGUGCCCCUGAAGCUGUCGUUCCAGAACCAGGAUUCUCUGGGAGACAACGUCAAUGUCAUUUUUAAGGCUGGAGAUGACCUGCGGCAGGACAUGCUGACGCUGCAGAUCAUUCGGAUCAUGAAUAAGAUCUGGAUCCAGGAGGGACUUGAUAUGAGGAUGGUCAUCUUCCGCUGCUUCUCUACAGGACGAGGCAAAGGCAUGGUAGAGAUGAUUCCCAGUGCAGAAACCCUGAGGAAGAUCCAGGUUGAGCAUGGAGUCACUGGUUCUUUCAAAGACCGGCCUUUGGCAGAUUGGCUGCAGAAACACAACCCUACUGAGGAUGAGUAUGAAAAGGCAGUGGAAAACUUCAUCUAUUCGUGUGCUGGUUGUUGUGUGGCCACAUACAUUCUAGGAAUCUGCGACCGCCACAAUGACAACAUCAUGCUUAAGACCAGCGGACACAUGUUUCACAUCGACUUCGGCAAGUUUCUGGGGCAUGCACAGAUGUUUGGCAGCAUCAAACGGGACCGGGCUCCUUUUGUGUUUACGUCUGACAUGGCGUACGUCAUCAAUGGAGGUGACAAGCCAUCCAGCCGUUUCCAUGAUUUUGUGGACUUGUGUUGUGAAGCCUACAAUCUGAUUAGGAAACAUGCACAUCUUUUUCUCAACCUGCUUGGGCUGAUGCUCUCCAGUGGGAUACCAGAGUUGUCUGAUGUGGAUGAUCUAAAAUAUGUUUAUGAUGCUCUGAGACCACAUGAAUCAGAAGCAGAUGCCACCAUGCACUUCACCAGGCUAAUCGAGUCCAGUCUUGGCAGUGUGGCUACUAAGCUCAAUUUCUUCAUCCAUAACCUGGCCCAAAUGAAAUUUGCGUCCUCUGAGGAGCGCCCCGUUCUGUCAUUUGCUCCCCGUGUCUACACUUUAAAGAGUGAUGGUGUCAUUCGCAGCCUAUUCAUCUACAAACAUAUCAAAACCUAUACUCCAAGCAAAGGCUAUUCUUAUGUUGUGAAAGUGGAGCGGGAAGGUCAACAUGGGUCAACUUUAGUCCAGAGGACAUUUGAAGAGUUCUAUGAACUUCACAGUAAACUGCAGCUCAUCUUCCCUUCACCGAAACUACCCAGCUUCCCCAGCCGCUUUGUGAUUGGUCGCUCUCGAGGAGAGGCCCUUGCAGACAGGAGGAAAGAGGAGCUAAAUGGAUAUGUUUGGCAUCUGAUCCAUGCUACUCAAGAGGUGGCACAGUGUGAUCUGAUCUACACAUUCUUUCACCCUCUACCAAGAGACGAGCGGGCAGGAAGUGUAGGAACUGUUGUUAAUGCACUCCAUAACAAACCAGCAGAUGUGUCCUGGGCUCCUGUGCCCGGUACAGUGGCAGGUGAAGUGAAGCUCUCGGUUCUGUACAAGAGUGACAAGCUUUUCAUUAUGGUGAUGCACAUCAGAGGCUUGCAACCCUUGCAGGACGGAACAGAUCCUGAUCCAUACGUCAAAUUGUACCUCCUCCCAGACCCUCAGAAGACUAGCAAGAGGAAGACCAAAGCAGCCCGGCGAACACGCAACCCCACUUACAAUGAGAUGCUGGUGUAUGACAAGAUUCCACGUGGUGAUUUGCAGCAAAGAACCAUUCACCUGCGGGUACUGAGUGAGGGUGCAUUCUGGGAGAAUACCCUGCUGGGUGAAACCAUUAUUCAACUGAAAGACCUCACUCCGGGCCAUCGCUGGGUUGGCUGGCACCAGCUUGGCACUAGAGGCUCUGACAUAAACCGCUAACACUUGUGAGGAUGUCCAUCGGAAGUGAAGGAUUUCCCAUGAGUCCUUCUGUGUGCAUGUGUUUGUGUCUGUCUUUGCUUAUGGGUUGGGAGUUGGAGAUGCCCAGCUGCUCAGAAGGCUGUUUCCCCCAGUGGGGGUUUGUGUUCAUUGAUUCUUCCAGCCAGGAGACGUGUAGAGUCGGUGAUGGAGUGUCAUCACUUGAUUCUGUUCUGGUGGGGUACCGUGCACCAUGUGAACCAGACCUUGGAUUUAUAAAAUUGGUUCUUAGUGACAAUAUCAGACAAAAACCAUUUGGUGAAACAAGGAUUGGCAGACAGAUUAUUUAAAAAUGAAAUUAAUUCCAUGCGCCAUAUUUUUGGGGAGAUUUUCUGGGAAAUUGCUGUCCAUAAAACCUUAAAGCCCCUAAAUGGUUUGUCUUUUUGAGAAUGCUAAUGGAAAUGUAAGUUAUUUUCUUUUUAAGAUGUUUCUCUAUUGUGGCUCAAUUUUGAGCUAUGUUGUGUCCUGUGACAUUAGAUUUGUCUCUUUGUAUCAGAUUUUGGUGACAUUUACCUAGAAAUUAAUAGCGAGGAACGCCUUUGUACUGUAAAAUUGGGUAUUUCAUAUUGCCUGUGGCAUUUACCUGAUCAUGAUAUAGGGAUGAACACUUGAUAGUCUUUGGCUUGAAAUUGUGGAAUUAACUUGCUCCAUAUAACCACUGCAGGGAGUGACACAAACAGUACAGAGUGAAUGUAGAUUUUUGAUCAUGUAAAAUAAUUGGGUUGAUUAAAAAAAAAAGGAAUUGCAUGUACAGUAUAUUGAACGAAGGAGACAGACCAGGAAUAUGAAUUUCGUUGCAUAAACCUCUGAGAUUUCUUUCCAAAAUGAUGGGGCACAACUUUAUGUGGAGAAAAGGCUUUUGAAGGGACUUGAUUUCAGGGUCAAUGAUUCAAUGGGGUCAAUGAUUUUGCCUUGUUGAUAUAAGCAUAACAUACACAAGAAAAUUUCUGUUAGGAAGUUGUUGAUUUGCAUGCUGUGAUAUUUGCUACUGGAUAAAUAUUGCAUUUUUGCAUUUGUUUGUCAAGUAUAUUGAUCUCACAUUUUUCCAAGUUUUAUUGGUUAAUUUUGUGUGUGUGUGUGUGUGUCAAAGUGGGAGUAAAAUUAAUGCUUUGGACUGUAGUUAGGUCCAUUUCCAUUCCACAUUUGUACAGUAUGUAAAACUGCAUGUAAAUGAAAUGCUAAAUAUACCACAGGAGUUUUUUUUUUUUUUUUUUUUUUUUUUACUUAUGCUUAAAGAUUUUGCUUUUGCAUUUGCUUUACUUUGCACUCCGUUUGAUUUUAAGCUCAUAAAGUUUAGAAGGGAAAUUAAGUAAUUGGAAAUUAAAUUAUAUUUGAUCUUAUUUGCAUAAAAUUCAGAUUUAACCAAGUGGCAUUAAUGUUUGUGUUACAAAAAUAACCUACAAGUCAAAAGUGCAACCCUGUAUGCCGAGGUGCUCUAACAGUCCAGUAGCCUUAAGCAAACUUAGGUAUGCUUAUCCAGGUCAAAGCAGGCCCUGUUCUGUAGCUUUUUCUAACCAGACAAACCAGCUCCAUUUUAGAUAUGAAGUACAUUUUCCUAAGUCUUGAACUUUCUUUCAAAUGACAAAUGGUUGUGUAGGUGUAUAUUUUCUCUCCAAAGGGCACCAUUGUGUGACAUUUAAGCUAAUGGGAAAUGAUUGUAUGAUUGCAUGCCAACCCAAAAUGAAAAAAUGAGUGUUUUAGAAAAAAAAAAAAUAUUGUUUUGUGUGUGUAUGCAGGAAGAGUUUGGAUUUAAAGGUAUAGUACUUUUAUAACGUUUGUGUUCCUUAUUUUAAUAAAUAAAAGAGGAUGUGAGUAAAAUCAAUAGGGUUGGCAUACUGUAAAUGCUGAGAAUAUAAUUUUGAUGUGACUUAUGGAUUAUAAAUGGGCUUUGUCAUUUUAUACUUUCUAGACUGAAGGUUUAAUGCAUUCUUAUUUCACACCAUGUUUUCAAACUUUAUUUGCACUUAAUAAAUGCACAGGGAAACUGACUUGAUGCUUUUUGUUUUGUUUUCUACCAGUUUUUUCUUUAUUGGACCACAUACACUUCUACAAGGAUGGUGCAAUUGAUCAAUGCCAAAUGAUGAAACUUGUGCAAAACACUAGUCCUGUAUAGAGACAGAGCAUGUGUCAUAAUCUAAAAACCAACCCUCUCCAUUGACUUUCUAUUGUGGAAGGCUGCCUCCUUGAUAAUUCUGACUUGUAACAAA